AUUAACGACAACUUUAUAGUGAGCAGAGCCCUGAAAUCCAGCAGUCUUCACGGUACAACUUCCUGUGGUACUACUAUAAUACUCCAUUAAUACUACUAUAAUUCUCCAGUAAUACUUCCUCUACCUCCACGGUUCCUGCGGGUCAGUGUUCGGGGCUCGGUCCACUCAAACCGGACUAUAUUUAGCCUUGUUUUAGCUCUGGCUAACCCGGGUUCACCCGGCCAUGCCGAGCUAACCGGUGUUCCCCCCGUUAGCUCGUUAGCUCUGUUAGCUAAGAGAAGCGGCUCCCCGGCUAACAGACGGACUACAGGCCGGCCUGUGGCGCUCUGUUCCCGGCAGGCCGCGGCUCUGUCCCCGGCCCCCGGCGGCCCCGGGCCCGGCUCCUCACCUGUGAUGUAGUCGAACACCUCCGAGUCGAUCUCAGGAAACUCGCUUUUCAGGAUGUCCACGUACGUCGCCAUGAUACCCGGCCCUGGACACUGCGGCGGCGCGCAUGCGUGAAUAUGCGACAGCGCUGUGAACUCUGGGGGAUGAAGUUUCAGGGCCUACAGAGGAGCCACAUCGGGAAGAAAACGUUGAUUCCUGCUACUACAACGAGCACGUGCCUGGGAUUGUUGUCCUGUAAUUAUUAUCCCUCCUAAAACUUUAUUGAUCCCCUCUGGAGGGAAAGUCUAUUAAAUAUUUUAUGAAUUUGGAGGAAAUUUCACCCUCUCAAGGAGAAAUGUAACGUCACUAUAUUUCUUUCAUUGUUUUUUUAAUCAUUUCAUGGAGCCUCGUGUAGUUAAAAUGAUAUAAAACUUUAUAAUCAUUUUUAUCAGAGGUUGCAUUUUCUCUCUGUGAGAGGAAAAGCAAAUAAAUCAACUUUAUUUGUCCGGAGAACAUGGACACAUCUUUAUAUACAGCUUAUGGGCUAAAUGCUAAAUAACAUUGAUUCUGAGAAUUUUUUAUUUAUUUAAAAAAACCAACCCUUUGUCAUAAAAUUCAGACUAAUAUAAACUUAUAUUAAUUUCUGGGCCAAAUGCAUCCUGUGUUGUUUUCUAUUUUAUUGUUUGUUUGUGGCUUUAUGCUGUUAAGGUAAAUCCUUCAAAACUACACAGCCUUUGUUAAAAUUAGAUUUUUUGUUUUACUUUUUUACUUUAUUAUAGUUAUGAAAACCAACAAAUAUUUUCAAACAUUUUCAAAACUAAUAGUGGAAAGUAAGUACAUUUACUCCAGUCCUACUGUGCUUAAUUUGGAGGCACUUGUAUUUUACUUUAAUUAAUUAAUUAAUUAAUUAAUUAAUUAAUAUUUCUAUUUUGUACUUUAUACUUCACUUCCACUAAAUUUAACAAACAAAUAAAAUCUGUUUCAUAAAAAAUAUGAAGCAGUGUUACAGAUUAUCCAAUCAAUACAUAAUUUAUAAAUAAAAUAAUAUAGAAUAAUAAAAUUAUAUAGAUAUCAGACUUCAUCUCCAGCAGGUACAACUUUAAAAUGCUUGAUGAUGAAUAAUCAUUUCUGUAAUCUAUAAUAAUUUUGACAGGACAAAGGAGUGAUUUAUAUUUAAUAUUACUAAAGAUCUGCUUUAUUCUAACAACACUGUUAGAAGAUCAUUUAAAUUUAUAAGGAUUUAAAUAUUAUUAAAAUAUUAGAUUUUAGACAGAAAGCAAGAUGGCAUAAGAUGUUUUCUACAUUUGAAUGACAAAAUGUUCUUUUAAGAACUUAAAUCAGUUUUCAUUUCAUGGCUGAAAUGUUUUAAUAUUAAUAUUCCCAUAAAGCACGUAGUGACUUUUCUUUUGGGCGGUGCUGCCUAAGUUUAUUUCUUGGGGUUUGUUCUUUUCUUAACAUAUACUUUUCCUUUCCACCGGCACAUUGUGUUAUUAUUUCAGUUAAACUAUUAUAAUAAUUAAAUGACAUGUAAUAACAGAAAUUAAUAUACAUGUUUCUAUGUUUUUAUUCAUUAUGUUGACAUGUGGUAUCAGUGUUGUGUAUUAAUAAUAAAAUAAUAUUAAUGUUAAUAAAAUAAAAAUCUGUUGUCCAGUCCGCGUCUUCCGCAGCUCCGCUCUGCGCAUGCUCCGCUUCUGAGUUUAGGGUGGGAGAUUAGCCGUUAGCACUGUGAGCUAACCAGCCGGAGUGUGUAAUGGCGGCCUCGGUGUUGUUGGGGUCUGCGGACAACACCGGACUCAAUUUCGCGGCGGGAGGCGGCAGCAGCGGCGGUGGCACCGGGAGUGUUUUAGUCGGGAAUAAUAACGGACUGGGUCCGGCUGGUCCGGCGUCCUGGAACCGUUCUCUGGACCGGGCGCUGGACGAAGCCUCGGCCACCGGGUGCCUGAACAUCAGCGGCAGGAAGCUGAAGGAGUUCCCCCGGAGCGCCGCAAACCACGACUUGACGGACACCACCAGGGCCGACCUGUCCCGUAACCGUCUGUCCGAGCUUCCUCUGGAGGUUUGCCUGUUUGUGUCUCUGGAGAGUCUGAACCUUUACCAGAACUGUCUGAGGUCUCUGCCAGACAGUCUGCUCAACCUGCAGGCCCUCACCUACCUGAACCUCAGUCGGAACCAGCUGUCUGUCCUGCCGGUGGUCGUGUGCAGUCUUCCUCUGAAGGUUUUGAUCGCCUGCAACAACAAACUGGUUUCCCUGCCAGAAGAAGUGGGGCAACUGAGGCAGCUGACUGAGCUGGAUGUGAGCUGUAAUGAGAUCCAGACUCUGCCGUCUCAGGUGGGUCAGCUGGAGGCUCUACGAGACCUGAACAUCAGGAGGAACCACUUGGUCCGACUGCCCCCAGAGCUGGCAGAUCUCCCUCUGGUGCGUCUGGAUUUCUCCUGUAACAAAGUGACCUCCAUCCCCGUCUGUUACCGCCAGCUCAAACAGCUGCAGACCAUCGUCCUCGACAACAACCCUUUGCAGACUCCACCUGCACAGAUCUGUAUUAAAGGGAAGAUCCACAUAUUCAAGUAUCUGAACUUGGAGGCCAGUAAGACGACCCCUGACCUCCCAGACUACGACAGACGACCUCUGACCUUCAGCUCCUGUGUGGAUGAGCUGUACCCCGGGCGUCCGUACGGAGCGCUGGAUUCUGGUUUCAACAGUGUCGACAGCGGAGACAAGAGGUGGUCGGGGAACGAGCCUACAGAGGAGCUGUCCGAGCUGCCGCAGAAGGUGGCCGAGAUCAGCAGAGACCAGAGACCGAGAGGAGGAGGAGGAGGAGGAGGAGGAGCGCCUCUGCUGGCUAACGGCACAUAUGUGGAGCUGGAGCAGAUAGACUUCAUAGACAGCAGUGUGGGGGAGGAGGAGGAGGAGGAGGGGAGGAGUCGAGGAGGAGGAGGAGGAGGGCGGGACAGUGCCAGCCUGAGCUCUCAGUUCAUGGCCUACAUCGAGAGACGCAUCACCAGAGAGGGUUCCCCAGGAAAAACCACCCUGACCCGGACAGAAGACCCGAGGAGACACAACAGGACUGUGGUGGACGGGGUCGCAGCACCCUCCGGCUCCCAGAGCCAGAGAGGCGGAGGUGUGGAGAGAAUGAGGAGGGAAGCUCAGCUCGCCGCUCUGAGGUACGACGAGGAGAGGCAGCGCAAUCGUUCUCUGCAGAGAGACUCUGCGUCCAGCUACAGCAAGCACAAAGCAGCUCAGAGUCCCUCCAAGUCCAGUCCAGAUAGUGAGACCAUCUAUCCCUCCAGACGCUCCACCCACACAGAUGACUCCGCCCUCUUCAUGGGGGAGGACAGAGCUGCCCUGUCUCCUACAGCCAAUCAGUCGCCUUCUUACCCCAGCCCAGGGGGCGCGGCCUCCUGUCGGACAGCCAGUCUGAGACCAGAGAGCUUCCUGUUCCGUCUCGGGCAGAAAGAAGAGAAGCGGAAAGCUGAUGCUGCUGCUCCUCAGAGCCAGGAGGAGGCUCCUGCUGCUCCUCCUCUGGUUGGAGAAGACGCUGAGCUGGUGGAGCAGCUCCGAAAGAAUAUCGAGGCUCGCCUGAAGGUGUCGUUGCCCAGCGACCUGGGAGCAGCUCUGACGGACGGGGUGGUGCUCUGUCACCUGGCCAAUCACGUGAGACCACGAUCCGUCCCCAGCAUCCACGUCCCCUCCCCCGCCGUGCCCAAACUCACCAUGGCCAAGUGUCGACGAAACGUUGAGAACUUCCUCGAGGCGUGUCGAAGGAUCGGCGUUCCACAGAGUCAGUUGUGUCUUCCUCUGCACAUCCUGGAGGAGCGAGGGCUCCCCCAGGUGGCCGGGACCGUCGGCGCCCUGCUGGAGCUGGCCCCGCCCCGACACCCCGUCACCCCGACGACGCCGACCAUCACCAUGUAGACGACGCGCUCAGUCGGCGUCCUGUAACGCUGCUGUCAGUGUGUUUUAAAGUGUUCAGGAUCUGAUGGAGAGACUCAGCGACAGGUUUAACUUUUAACGAGGUCACCAGGUGAUCCCUCCUGAUGAGUGGACAGGUAACGCCACAGAGAAGCAGGAUAUCUACUGCAGGGGAGCAGCCAUCCUGGAUCUGCGUGCAGACAGAGGAAACAUUCGGGUUCCCUCCUGAUUCGUCUCUUUGGCUAAAUUUAUGUUCACGCGUCUCUAAAUCGAAUCAGGGAUCGUAUCUUUAAAAUCCGUGUCUGUAAAGGAUCAGAUCCUUCAGAGCCCUUCAGAUCUCAGAAUCAUUCAGGCUUAUUAGCAUCAUGGGUAGACGCAGUUUUGACAUGAAGCUAACUUAGCUAAAUGCUAACGUUAGCUUCUGGUGUCGUUGGAUUGAAAAUGAGCCUGUUAUUAUUUUCACCUUUUGUUUUUCUACACUAGUGAUGGUUCAGAUCAUCAGCUUAUUGACCUUUGAUUUAUUUAUGGAUCUAUUAAACAUCCAGAGGAAAACGUGUCACAGCAACGACGACGUCCAAAGAUAUUUACAGGAAACUGAUCGAUAACGUGUAAAAUCCUAAUUAUGUCAGGAAAACGCAGUGACAUGUUUUAUAAACUCUUGCUUUUAGUAACUGUUGGUUUGGAAAUAAAGCUAACGUAGCUAAAAGCUAAUGUUACUUUAAACUGAAAGUUUUAUACAUUACGCUGCUAAUUGCUAACAACAGCUAACGAAAAUGUGCAGCAGAUUUUUUUUUAAUGACACUCACGUAGCUCACAGCUACCAUUAGCUAAUAUUCAACCAUGUGGUUUUGGGGUUGAAGCUAAUAUAGGUCGAUGCCAAUGUUGGCUAACAUCGAUAAAGUCUAUUUAACCCCAACAGUAAAAAAAAUUAUCACUGAUAAUUGUAGCUAACAUUAUAAACUUAAUUGGGUUUAAGUUGAGUUUACAUCCCGCAGCUAAUUAGCGAACAAUCUAGCUGGAUUGUUACAUUAGCUAAUCUAAAUUUACUCAGUUUAGCUAAGAAGCUGAUGUAGCUUCAUGCUAACAUUAGUUUGAUAUGGGCAGAGAUUACAUCAACGCUGAAACAUGCUAACAAGUGUUAGCAUAAGUGCACUGUAGUUGGUCUGAAAAUGCUAAUUGUAGCAUCGUCAUUAUGAACCCGGGAGGCUUGGAGUUUAAGCUAACACAGCUAGCUGUAAAGCUAAACAUGCUAGUUUUCGACUUGGCGCUGAUGUAGCUCAGUGCUAACGUUAGCUAACGUCUCUCCAUCAGAUCCAAACAACUUAAAUUAUCCUCUGAGUUCUGGCUCGCCGUCAUGUGACGCCCACAAGUCUUUCAGCCCUGAACUCCGCCUCAGAGGCUCUUCACUGUCGCACAGCCGGCAGACAGACGCCACCACCUUUCUGUACACAGGAGCCGGCACACGGACACCGGUGGACGGACGCCAUCUCCUCGCUGUAUACAGGAUUGUUUUUAUUUUUCAUAAAGUUUGUUGUUCUGAUGUUUUUAUUCUUGUUGUCCGUCACCGCCUGAUUGAUCCUCCACACCGGGCCUUCGUCACGCUAACCUGCUGCACUCCUCACAUUCACCAUCUGGCCAAAAGUAUGUGGACACUUGCUGCUACAGCAUUCAGCGAUCUGAACCAGCAGCUCUCAACCUGGGGGUCGUGACCCCUCCACAAGGCGGUCUGAGAACUUAUAGUUGGACUUUUCUAAUAAUAAUAAUAAUCAGAAUGAUGAUAAAACUUGAUCAAACACAGCAGCUCUGUUACAGAGAACGAAGGCUCUCGUGUGAUUGGAGGACAACGAUCAGGUGGUGUUUCUGUUGCAUUCUGGGACUUUUCUCUGGUGACGAGGUGAAUCCUCCUGAUCUGACACUAAACGCUGCGGCUCGUUCUGCAGAUUUAUUAAAUGUUUGUGUACAAAUAUAUUCUGUAAAUAUAUAUAAAUAUAUAUAUAUAUAUAUAUGAGGCUGAAACCUGUGUGUUGUCAUGACGACGCAGAGCAUCAUAGACGCUCGGACAGACGCGGCGCCUAAUUAAAGGUCAAAGGACGAGAUUUUUGUAAAGAAUAUGAAAGAACACGUGGCGGGGGGGGCGGAGCUUCCCCCUGAACAUACCUGUUGCCAUAGCGUUAAAGAGAUCAAUCAUGUUUAUCUGAGGUUACCGCUGAGCUGCUGCUGACGGGACGGAGGGAGGCGUGUUCACUGUGGGCUCGUGGUGCAUUCAGGUGACGUAGGACACUGAGUUUGACCUUCGGUUUGUUCCUGUUUCACCUGAACGCAGCGUCACCCCUUCAGUUUAAACUAAAAACACUGGGCCCUGAGUUCACAAAGUUUGUGUGAGUCUCCACCAGUCAGACUCACACAGGUGAUCUCACCUGUGUGAGUCUCAAACCUGGUUCAGCUCUCUGGGGUUUGUUUGGUGCCUGUGAGGCCGAGCUCAGGGCCCAGCUGUUCACUUCAGCUACUGUGAUUGACAGGUGGUCUGGACUGAUGGACGAUGUGGUUCAUGUUUGUACAGAGGUGUUUCUUCUUCUUGGUGUGUUCCUCCUGAGGCGGUGACGGGUCACAUGACCGCGGGGUCACGUGGGUUUAAAGGACAUUCCGCUGUCCCGGAGGACAGACGGGCUGUCUCACGGUUUUUAAGUUUUACAAUUUUUCACUUUGUUUUUGCUGAAACUGUAUAAAGAUGUGAACGCUGUAAGAAGUUAACUUUAAGUUCAUUAAAAAUAUUUUAAUUUGA